AAAAUCAGCAAAAAAUUCCCUCAACUAAGUAUAUAUACACACGCUGAUUAACACUUCCUUCAUUCAAUUUUCAGCCUCUCUCUCUCUCUCUCGAUUUUGCACUUUUCCUCCGAAAUCACUUCACUCAGCAAAUAAACCCCCAAAAAUGGCCAAAUUCUCCGCGAUAGUGUUGGUACUGAUCUCGGCAUUGGUCGCCGGAUCCGCUCUCGCUCAGUCCCCAUCCGCCGCGCCUAAGGCUGCUCCGACCGCCGCACCGUUGGCUGCUCCGCCGAAGCAAGCUGCGGCUCCUUCGCCGCACGCAUCUGCUCCGUCGUCGGCGCCUACCACCUCUUCUCCUCCCGCUCCUCCGAGCGAUGUUCCAGCUGGAUCUCCCGUUUCUCCUCCGUCCAUCGCCAGCGCCCCUGGUGGUUCUGCUCCGGCGCCUCACUCAGCCGCCGCGUUGAACCGCGCCGCCGUCGCCGGAUCCGCCGCUCUCGUGGUUUUAUCGGCUGCUUUAUUGAUUUAGGUUGAUUUAUGCUAGUGUUUUUUUUUUUAUUUUUUGUAUUUUAUGUUUGGGGAUUUGAUUUAAUUUGAAUUGAUUUUAUUUAUGAUGUAAUCAUUUGAUUAUUUAUGGUUAUGGAUAUUUAUGUUUCAGGCA